AUGGUGUUGUACCGUGACACGAGAAGAACAAUGGCCACACUAUUAUACAAACUCUCGCAGUGGAGCUGGGCGACCACGCCUGCCGCUUUCCGCGAACAACUUGACGGCUCUGAUAAACGUGAACCUUAUUUAAAUAUUUAUGAAUGCGACUCAUUCGUACUACCUGUAACCGUCGCAGCGUCGAUAAAGAUUAAUCAAAGAGCCGCGAUAAACUUGGUCGGCCGGCAGCUUUGCGUCGAUCUUCGGGACAUGGAGACGUCGAUCAACGGUAAAAACGUAAAAGCGGUGAUCGAUCGCCCUGCAGUAGCAAACGAGUCACGAUGUGAUGGCCCAUGA